AGAUUGUUUUUUAUUUGCUUAAACACCUUAUUACGGUGAUAUUCAUCAAAAAUGAAUCGACGAAGGCCAGUCAAUAAUAGUGAUUUCAAGAAACAUUUGGAUUAUGUUAAAUUUUUGAUGCAAAAUGCUCAAAUUAUUAACUGCUUUAUCGACCGGGAUGAAGCCGAGGAGCACUAUAAAACAUUUAUAGGGGUGGAAACUGUCGAUAGAAAUCAAUUUAAUGACUUUCUAAAACGGUUGUUGUACAGUAAAAUAAUACUCAACAAUAAAAACAAAAAGAAAAUAAAACUCUCCCACACACUUAUGCUUAAUAUUAGCUUUGAAAGGGUUACUGAUGAACGUAAAAUCGAAGCUAGAUAUACGUCCAAUGUUAGCUGCAAAUUGUGCAAAAAAACGUACACCAACAACAAUUUUUUGCAGCACAAAUCCACUGUACAUCAUAAAGCCAGAGUUGCCUACCUUUCUACUGACACCGCUGAAAAUACCAUGUUAAAAUUGUGCGAUGGUGAUUAUAACCUGCUGAGAAAAGUUACUUUUGCUGGCAACAACUUAAAUGUGAACUGCCAUCUAGUAAAUACGUCUGGAAAUAGCUGCAAAAUUCUCCACAUAUUUUCGUUGAACGUAUAUCAAAAUAUAAACGUUCAAGUUGGGUUGCCUGUAGUGUUAGGGAGCAACGAGUACGUGAAAUUGAAGGUGAUCGCGAAUUUUCGGGGGCGCAUCAACAUCAACCCCGUCAUAGCUGUUGUUUUCGAGGAAAAUGGGGUCGUUCAGUAUGACUUCAAAAAAAUUAAUGUUUCGGAUCAUACGGAGGUCAUAAUACCGGGCAUACCUCUACCGGAAAACAGCAAUUUUGUUGCUGUGAAUAAACUGUUGGCGUAUAGAGUGCCUGGAAACUUUCUUACAAUCUUGAACAAGUUUGUGAUGGCUUCACCCACACCUAGGCUAGGGCUUACACAGGAAAUAUACAUAAAUGCGGCAAACUACGACAAAUUGUCUCACUACUUGCUUUACGCUGAGGAAGACCAAAUGAAAAUUGAUAUGAAGGUGUAUAACACCAAAUCACAUUUGGAGCUUCUCCAUGGUAGUUUCUACAGAUUACAAGUACCAGGUUUGGCGGAGUCAAGGCCGUCUUUGAUAAGAGGCGACUCAGUGUUGGUGAGAGAAACCGAAUUCAGCAAAAUUAAAUUUGAAGGUAUCGUUCAUAGGGUCGAGCAAGCAUCGGUCCAACUAGGCUUCGAUGGUAAAAUUAAACCAUUUGCCAUGAGAAAUCAAAAAUUCUACGUCGAGUUCGGUUUCAAUAGGUACAACUUCAAAGUCCAGCAUACGGCCUGUCAGCUCGCAAAGGACCAUAAUUUCGUAGACUACUUGUUCCCAACAUUCAACACUUUCCAGUACUCCGACUUCGAACCGAACUACUUCGACAGGAACCUGAACGAUAAGCAGCGAGCAGCCGUUCGCAACGUCAUCAACUGUCCUGUCAACUCGCAGCCCUACUUGAUUUUCGGGCCGCCAGGAACUGGAAAGACAUCGACCGUGAUCGAGCUGAUCAGGCAAAUCCACAAGAGCGACGAGCAAGCGCGGAUUUUGGUGUGCGGCCCCUCGAAUUCGUCGGUGGACGAAAUCGCAUCGAGAUUGAUCGACAACAUCCCCAAGUCCGAGAUGCUACGAUUCGUUGCUCUAUCCUACUCCAGGAGCUUGAAAGACUCGAAAAUCGCCGACAUAAUCAACAAGAAUCACGAUGGUUGCUACAUACCGACAAUAGAACAACUACAAAAGUAUAAAAUUGUCCUGACCACCAACGCCAACGCCGGUAGGUUUUACAGCGGCGACGUUAAAAGUGACCACUUCACGUACGUCAUUAUCGAUGAAGCCGGGUAUUUGACCGAAGCGGAAACUUUGAUCCCUCUGGCGGGCGUUUUGACGAACAAACUGCACUCUGGCGCGGUGCAUGGCAAGCUUGUGUUGGCCGGCGACCCCCGCCAACUCGGACCCAGGGUCCACUCAAAAACCGCCCUCAAGUACGGUUUUGGAGUUUCUCUAUUGGAACGCCUCAUCGACAGCUGCGAAGUAUACCGACCCAAGGAUAACGUCUACGACGAAAAGUACGUGACGUUCUUGGAAAUGAACUACAGGUCGCACCCGGCGAUUUUGCACGUUCCCAAUGAGCUCUUCUACCAUGGCAAGCUGAUAGCAGCCGAGGUUAACUUUUCCAUGCUCUUCAACGACUGGGAGCACCUGAAGAGACCCGGCUUUCCCAUUCUGUUCCACAACGUGCAUGGGGUCGACACCAGGGAUGCAAACUCGCCGAGCUUUUACAAUCCAGAGGAAGUGAAAGUUGUUAUCGAGUACGUGGAAAAGCUUCUAGCCACGAGGGUUUCUGGUGUUCAAGUGAAGCAAGAGCACAUCGGCAUAAUAACGCCAUACAGGAAGCAGAUAGAAGUGCUGCAGGGAGAAAUGAAGAACAAAAACUGGAGCAAGGUUACGGUGGGCUCGGUCGAGCAGUUCCAAGGCAAGGAAAACAUGGUGAUCAUCGUUUCAGCGGUGAGAUCCAAGCGGGAGCUGAUCGAGUUUGACGAAAAAUUCGACUUGGGAUUUUUGAGCAACCCCAAGAGGUUCAACGUUGCCGUCACCAGAGCCAAGAGUUUGGUGAUUUUGGUUGGCAAUGGUGAUAUUCUGCAAUACGACAGGUGUUGGAGGAAGUACAUUGAAUAUUGUAUCGAGAACAAUUCCAAAAUUGGGCCGGAUGUUCUUUUUACCGAAGAUACUGGGGAGGAAUAGUUAUAUAGUUUAACCAUGUUUUAUUAUUUUAAAUAAAUAAAUUAUUUAUGUUCAUUUUGUUUAUAUUAGAUAUCCUUGGAGAGGGAAUGAAGGGGG